UUUGUUCUUGUUACAGAUAUCUUCUUGUCAACGUUCGUUCGUUGUUAUGAUGAGAUAUGAUUAUGUGCGUCGAAACACGGGCCGCGGGGCUUCCUCGUGUUCCCAACCUGACGAACGGGAGCGGUUUACAACAUCACAUCGAUGAGAGCCCGCAGCAUCCCAACCGAACGAACGCAAGAAUAGACACUUGUCGGGAAUCUCAAGUUACAUCUUGUCCUCUUGCUACUGCUGCUCCUACUGCUCCAAUAUUUCCUUCGACUUACCUACCUACAUUCUGGUGGAGUGGAUAUCAUCAGCAACCCCCUAACUCUGUGAAUUACAGGAAGGUGUUUAUUCCAGUCGCCAACGCUCGAUGGUCUUCAACAACGUUUUUUCCAUCUACUGUAUGUCACUCUCUGUCUCCCUCUCACCUUAUCAAAGGUACCUACAGCAUAAUCACGUCCUCGCGUGGAUGGGAACUGGAUGAUCAAGUCAACAGGAAGCAGUACAGCUGCUAUUCUCUCUGAUGGACGAAUAGAAGUGACGACGAGGGUCAUCUGUAGGCGCCGAAGACCAUUCCAGGGACUCCGGACGACCCUGGAACGGUCGUCGUCGUUGGGAGAUGGCUCAUGCCGUAGGGGGAUGACCAUAGGGAGUUAUUCCAUCGGCCUGGGGAUGGUCCUGCUCGACAGGAUCAUCUCUAGACAGAUGAAAACUCCCAGAGGUUAGUCAUCCUCCUGCGACAAGAGGCAUCAUCGCCAGCGACGAAGAUCGUUCAGGGUGGAAGACGACGAGGGACCUCUGUCGGCGUCGAAGGCCAUUCCACGGGCCCCGGACGGCUGUGGAACGGUUUUCGUCGCUGGGAGAUGGCUCUUGUCGUAGCGGGAUAGACCAAUCUAUCCCUCUGCGGCAGGAGGCAUCAUCCCGGCGACGAAGAUCGUUCGGGGCGGCGAGGGUCGUCUGUCGGCGUCGAAGACCCUUCCACGGGCCCCCGACGACCGUGGAACGGUCUUCGUCGCUGGGAGAUGGCUCUUGUCGUAGGGGGAUAGACCAAUCUAUCCCCCUGCGGCAGGAGGCAUCAUCCCGGCGACGAAGAUCGUUCCUGUCAGCGGGGGAGGGGAGAACGGUCUUCGUCGCUGGGAGAUGGCUCUUGUCGUAGGGGGAUGGACAUCAAUCCAUCCCCCUGCGGCAGGAGGCAUCACCCCAGCGACGAAGAA